AUUUUCUUGAAAAGGACGCGUGUGCAAGAAUAUACAAACGAGGUAUCAAACAUUCAGAACGGGCCAAUAAAACAGUGGAGGUUAGCUAUCAAGAUACAAAAGAAUGUUUGGAGAUUUUUAGAUAUAAUCGAACGAUAGCUAUUAAGACUCUCGACACAAUCAAAAAAACACUUCAAGGAUUUUAUCCAUACUUGGACAAAGCCAAAGAAGUGCCAGUACCAGAGUUUAGUACCAAACCUGUUGAUCUUAUUGAAAAACUUAAUUUGUUACUUGAGAAGAACGAUUAUGCCACGGAUUAUCAGUUCAUGAAGACAGAUAUUCAAGACACUGUUGGAUCAUUAAAAGACGGCCAUCUUACUUUCUACUCGAAUCCUAGCAAUGAUGAGUGUGAAGUUACCAAAAUCGAUGAUCGUCCUGCGAUAGAUGUCAUCACCGAAUUUGCAUAUACACUUCCAGGAUUUAGAGAUCCGGGUGUGGCGUUUAACAAUGCGCUAACUUCUUUUACUAUAAUCAAUGGAUCAAAUAUUUCAUUUAAUUCUCCACUAUUUACAAUGCGUUUCAAUCUUCCCGAAAAACCUAGUAUUUCAUACACGUUGACUUGUACCGAAAAAAAUUCUACAAUAACAGAAAAAACUAUAUUGCGAAAAUGGACAGCAAUCGAUCAAAUGCCUAGAAUGUUUAAAGAUUCCAAAACUUAUUGGAAUAAUUUUUGUAUUACAAAAAAUAAUGAUACAAAGGUGAUGACAAGCAAAAUAAAUGAAAAACUUAAAUUGAAACAUGGAAAAUUAUUGUAUAGUAAAGAUUUUGCAAGUUUUUACACAUUAAACGAAACUGGAAUCGUAGUCAUUCAAUCUUUUAUAUCUGAAGGCGAUAGUGAUUCUGUGGUUGUGAUGGAUAUGAUGAAAGAGUUAAACUAUGGAUUUGAAUUGCUUGCUCGAGCACGUGUUAAAAAGCUCGUUUUGGAUUUACAAAAUAACAAUGGAGGUUUCAUAGAAGUAUCACAAUUCGUUGUUCAUCGCCUCUUCCUCCUUGCCAAUCCAUUCUUCCCAAAUGACAACGUAGUCACACCAUUGUUUUCUUUAUUAGUUAAGGAAGCAUCAGAGAAAUCAGAGCCUCUCACUGAUUUCAGUCCAAAUGCAUACCUUAACGCAUAUACACAACAACCAUUUAAUAAUACAACAGACUUCUUGGGUGAAAAUUUCCAAAUUCGUGACAAUCUAAAAGUUCGUACCACCAAUAAGUAUAUUGACGCGAACAAUACUCUAGAUUUUCAAGAAAUAACUGGUUCAAAUCCUAAACCACUUCCGUGGCAAUCAAAGGAUAUGAUCAUAUUAACAAAUGGUUUAUGUGGAUCCGCAUGUGCAGCGCUAGCGCAACAUUUAUCAGAUUAUGAAAAUGUCAAGACCGUUGCAAUUGGUGGAUUUUAUAAUAGACCUAUGUCUUAUUCGAGUUUUAUUGGUGGAAGUGUAGAAUAUUUUAAUAUAUUGAUGAAGACAAUGAAAAAUUUGAAUGUGACGGAUUAUAAUAUUGCUCCUAGAGAAUUUUUAGUGAGUACAGCAUUUAGUUUUACUUUCAGAGAGAUUUAUGGAUGGAAAGACGAAAGAGAAUUAUUAGAGUUUAGUUUUAAGCCAGCAAAGGAAAGAUUAUAUUAUGAUAAUAAGAAUAUUAGGGAUCCUAGUUUGUUGUGGAUUGAGGUUGCAAAAUUGAUUGAUUGA